GCCACACACUGGGUGUGCUCGCCGAACCGUCUGCUGAAAGAUGGCAUCCGAGUCAAACGCCCCAAAUGUGAGGCUGGUAGGUGCCGUAGCUGGUGUUGGAAGUGGCUUGAUGAAGGUGGCCGUUGGACACGGGUUUGACACUAUCAAGACAAGGCUUCAAUGCUCCCCGCCCGGGACAUAUAAAGGCGCUGUCGACUGUUUGCUGCGGACCGUCCGGAACGAGUCUAUAUUUGCCCUGUACAAGGGUGCAACACCUCCUGCCGUAGGGUGGGCUGCGAUAGACUCGGUUCUUCUUGGCUCGCUGCACAACUAUCGCCUCUUCCUCGUGGAGCACGGUCUGACGGAGACUGUACCUGGGUCUGACGUUAAGCGACUGACUCUCGUGGGCCAUGGCAUUGCAGGCCUUUUCGCGGGCUGGACAAGCGCGCUCUUGGCUACGCCUAUGGAACAACUGAAGGUCAAACUCCAGCUGCAACUACAAAGAUCAUCGGCGGACCGCGUAUAUAAGGGUCCGAUUGACUGCUUGCGUCAAGUGGUGCGAGCACGGGGUGUGCUCGGCCUAUGGGCAGGCUUUUCUGGCAGUCUGGCGUUCCGUAGUAACUUCCUCUUCAUGUUCGGCUCGUUCGAGGCUCUAAUGAGAGGCUUCUCAAAGCUGGAUGGGACACCUUAUGCAAUCAGCACGCCGAUGGCAAACUUCCUCUCUGGCGGACUCGCUUCAUUUGUCUACUGGAUCAUGGCUAUCCCGGCAGACAACAUCAAGAACCGUAUGAUGGCGACCCCACACGAUCGUCCCAAACUCUCCUUCACGGCCACCGCGCGGCAGAUAGUUGCAGAAGGCGGGUUCAAAGGGUACUAUCGCGGUCUUGGACCUACCUUGCUGAGAGCGUUCCCCGUGAACGCCUCUGCAUUGUGGGUUUAUGAAGGCUUGAUGAGAACGCUCGGUGCCGAGAAGCAUUCCAGCAUCUGA